AUGCCGCAAGAUAUUUAUUCGCUUAAGGUGAGUGAGCUAAAGGCUGAGCUCGCGAAACGAGGAUUGCCGACGCGAGGUAAUAAAGCCAGCCUUUUAGCGGGAUUAAUAGAAGCCCUCACGAACGAAGGAUUCGACCCGGAUACCUACGAAUUCCCGGAAGCGAAAGAAUUAUCGGAUGACUCGGAAACUGAACAAUCCCCCGAGCAGGCACCAACCAAAACCGACAAAAUAAUGGAAAUGCUGUCAGCUAUGACAUCGACGAUGAAUCAACGACUCGAGCAACAAACUGUAUCGAUAAAUUCAAUAACAUCAGCGAUGAAUCAACGAUUCGAGGAGCAAUCAACAUCAAUAACAGCAUCGAUAAAUCAACGCCUCGAAGAACAAACUGUGUCGAUGAAUCAACGAUUCGAGGAGCAGGCAACAAAGAUGACGGUUAUUACCGAUCAACUGGCGAAAAUCGAUUCGAGGUUCUGCGAAGUCCGCGAGGAAAUCCGGAAAACGGAAGAAGGCCUAAAUGACAAAAUCGAGAAAGUCGACAAACGAACGUUGCAGCUCAAGGAGGAAGUUGAUGACAGAAUCAAGGAACUAACCCAGCGGCUCGAGGGAAUACAGCAGAAUGGUAGCGUGACAAUUGAACGAGCAGCGGUAAAGAGCCUGAAAGCCCCAAUAUUCGACGAAUAA